GGACUUGUUUGCCGGCCUCCAGCAGAAAUGCCUCAUUAAAUCUUGGGGUCCUUUGUUGCCAAAAGGGCCCUUGGAGAGGGAACUGGGAACCUGGGCAAGUGUAGCCUUCUCCUUACCUUCCUCCUUUCCCCCGCCCCCGUCAAGAGCUGAAACCAGAGCAGACAGGAUCGCUGAUGCUGGGAGAUAUAAAUGAAUGGCCGGCCACUACACUGGACUGGAAGGGUUUCGGGAAGGCCAUAGAUGAUAACGCCAUGCCGAACAAGAAGACGUACAAUGUGAAUGGAGAUUCAGGGAUUAAAGCCCAGAUCCAGUUUGCUGACCAGAAGCAAGAAUUCAACAAGCGCCCAACGAAGAUUAGUCGCCGUUCGCUGUCCCGGUCCAUCUCUCAGUCCUCCACAGACAGCUACAGCUCAGAAGAGAGGCCCCAACAGCCAAGUACGGGCUAUUCCCUGCCCCACUCAGCCCAGACAAAAGCCAAGGGAACUCUCCCUGCCCCCAAAGAAGCAAUGAAGAUAUGGCUAGCUUAUCCAGCUGCCUCAUAUACAGACAGCUCCGACGAUGAGACCUCCCCCCGGGACAAGCAACAGAAGAACUCUAAAGGCAGCAGCGAUUUCUGUGUGAAAAAUAUAAAGCAAGCAGAAUUCGGGCGCCGAGAGAUUGAAAUUGCUGAGCAAGAAAUGCCUGCACUUAUGGCUUUGCGGAAGCGAGCUCAGGGAGAGAAGCCAUUGGCUGGGGCCAAGAUCGUGGGCUGCACGCACAUUACAGCCCAGACUGCUGUACUGAUGGAGACUCUUGGUGCCUUGGGUGCUCAGUGCCGGUGGGCUGCUUGCAACAUCUAUUCAACUCUCAACGAAGUGGCUGCUGCCCUGGCUGAGAGUGGAUUCCCUGUCUUUGCCUGGAAGGGAGAAUCUGAAGAUGACUUCUGGUGGUGUAUCGAUCGCUGUGUCAAUGUGGAGGGAUGGCAGCCUAAUAUGAUCUUGGAUGAUGGAGGGGACCUCACCCACUGGAUUUAUAAGAAAUACCCCAACAUGUUUAAGAAAAUCAAGGGGAUAGUAGAGGAGAGUGUGACUGGCGUCCACAGGUUGUACCAGUUGUCUAAAGCUGGAAAACUGUGCGUCCCAGCCAUGAACGUCAACGACUCUGUCACCAAACAGAAGUUUGACAACCUCUACUGCUGCAGAGAAUCCAUCCUGGAUGGCCUUAAAAGGACGACAGACAUGAUGUUUGGAGGAAAACAAGUGGUGGUGUGCGGCUACGGAGAGGUUGGAAAGGGCUGCUGCGCGGCUUUGAAGGCUAUGGGCUCCAUAGUGUACGUGACCGAGAUCGAUCCAAUCUGUGCCCUGCAGGCCUGCAUGGACGGGUUCCGGCUCGUCAAGCUUAACGAGGUCAUCAGACAAGUCGACAUUGUCAUCACCUGUACAGCACCACAACCUUCUGUGUUGAAAGGCAACAAGAACGUGGUGACAAGAGAACACCUCGACCGAAUGAAGAACAGCUGCAUUGUGUGUAACAUGGGGCACUCCAACACCGAAAUCGACGUGGCCAGCCUGCGGACCCCCGAGCUGACUUGGGAGAGGGUGAGAUCUCAAGUAGACCACGUCAUCUGGCCAGACGGAAAGAGGAUAGUGCUGCUGGCGGAGGGCCGUCUGCUGACCCUCAGCUGCUCCACCGUCCCCACCUUCGUGCUGUCCAUCACUGCAACCACUCAGGCUCUGGCAUUGAUAGAGCUGUACAACGCCCCAGAAGGGCGCUACAAGCAGGAUGUCUACCUGCUGCCGAAGAAGAUGGAUGAGUAUGUGGCGAGUCUGCACCUCCCAACGUUCGAUGCGCACCUGACCGAGCUGACGGACGAGCAAGCGAAAUACCUGGGGCUGAAUAAGAACGGGCCUUUCAAACCAAACUACUACAGGUAUUAAGUUCCCGCAGCCAGAAGAAGCGUAAGGAAGAAGAACUCACGUCUUUUCCCAACUACUGUACAGGACGAAACAGUACAAGCUUCCCAAGUCAGAGCUGGACUUGCUCACAUAGUAGACAGUGUGUUAGGUUAUUUAUUUAUUAAACUAGAAUACUGUACACGCGG